AUGGCCUCUGCGCGCUCUCCACCCCCUCCGGCUCCCCUCCCCUCCUCCUCAUCGCUCAACACCUCCUCCACCUCGUCCUCCACCCAAUCCAGCUCAUCCCGUCCCUCGUUCUCUCCCACACCCCGCCAACGACGAUUCAACCCCGACCUCCUUCGCCCUUACUUGAAACGUCUCCUCGCCGCACCAGAAAUCACAAGCGCUGUAUGGGACAGGGAUGCGGAGAAGCUCGUGAAGAGGGCGGAGGAGAUCAGUGCAGAGGUCAAGAGGAGGAUGGUCGACCUCGAGCCGAGCGGGUACAAGUACCUCUGCCAAGUCUCCGUCUCCGAACGACCACGCGGCACCCUCUCCUCCUCCUCCUCAACGAACACAAGCUCCAGCGCCGGCCCAGGCGCAGGCAAAGCCUUCCUCUCGUGUGUCUGGGACCCCAACUCCGACGCGAUCUUGAGCGAAGUGUAUCAGAACGAGACGGUGGUUGUAACGGUUUUGGCGGUGGCGGUGAGGAUUGGGUAUUGA